AUGGGACUUGUACUGGGCAAUGACUGUUAUGGUUUAGCUUCAAGACUAUGGGAUCUUGGUCAGCAGCGAUGUGUACAUUCCUAUGCUGUGCAUACAGAUUCUGUUUGGGCACUUGCCAGCACCCCUACAUUUAGUCAUGUGUAUAGUGGUGGAAGAGACCUUUCAUUAUACUUGACAGACUUGGCAACACGAGAGAGUGUACUGCUUUGUACAGAGGAGCAUCCUAUCUUGCAAUUAGCUCUGCAUGAUGAUGGUAUUUGGGUUGCAACAACAGAUUCUUCUGUUCACAAAUGGCCAGCUGAAGCUCAUCACCCGCAGAAGGUUUUUCAAAGAGGCGGUUCGUUCUUGGCUGGAAACUUGUCAUUCUCAAGGGCAAGGAUUUCGUUAGAAGGAUCCACUCCUAGAUUUUUGCUUUUGGCGAUUGUAAGGCUAGCUGGGCCUUAUGAACGAAUGAAAAAGGAGGGACCCUUAGGAUACAGUUACAGGAGAAAACAGUUUGGUACAAUGCUGGAUGCUAAGCUUCACGUUCCGGUUUAUAGAGAACCGUCCUUUGGCACUCCAGGAACUCCAGGGAUAGUGCAGCAUGAAGUUUUGAACAAUAGAAGGCAUGUCUUGACUAAGGAUACUGCUGGUUCAGUGAAGCUGUGGGAGGUCACAAGGGGUGUUGUGCUUGAGGACUAUGGCAAGGUUUCAUUUGAGAAGAAGAAGGAAGAACUGUUUGAGAUGGUGAGCAUUCCUGCAUGGUUCACUGUGGAUACAAGGCUCGGAAGCUUGUCUGUACAUUUGGAUACCCCACAUUGCUUUGCGGCAGAGAUGUAUUCUGCGGACCUUAAUAUUGUUGGGAAACCUGAGGAUGACAAGCUUCUUUCUGGAUGGUUUCCUCUGCUGUUCUUUCUUCUGAUAUUGGAUGUGAGAGGCUGCUAUAAGAUUGUGAGCAAUGAUUGUGAUGUGAAUUUGGGCAUUAGUGAGGAAGCAAUGAUGGAUCGGGCAUUGGUUGAAGGUAAGGUAUAUCUUUUGGGUCCUCUUCCUCAUGGCCUGGGGCUAAAGAUUAAUUUAGCAAGGGAAACACUCAAAGGGCUGUUGGCUCCUUGGUUAACCAAAAGAAGACAGCGGUUUGGAUCCCAUGCUUCAGCCAAUGGAGAAGUUCCAUCUGGGAAGGAUAUCUCUGCAAGGAAUCUUACUCUUUCAAGAGUUGAGGUAGAUGGUAAUGCUGAAAAUGAUUCUGUGGUGUAUCCUCCAUUUGAAUUUUCGGCUGCUUCCUCUCCUUCAAUUAUUACUGAGGGCAAUCAAGGUGGUCCAUGGAGGAAAAAAAUUACUGAGCUAGAUGGAACUGAAGAUGAGAAAGACUUCCCCUUGUGGAUUCUGGACUGCGUGUUGAAUAACCGCUUGCCUCCCAGGGAAAAUACCAAAUGUAGCUUUUAUUUACACCCAUGCGAAGGUUCAGCUGUCGAGAUCCUUACUCAAGGGAAAUUGAGUGCACCUCGUAUAUUGAGAAUACAUAAAGCUUCUCACCGGGUGGGAAUCUUCAAUAUAUAGGCCAUAGUUUCCUUUAUGGGCCUAAUUGUGGAGUGGAGUUCAGCAUCAUUCUGCACCACAUACACAUCCACCCAUGAAGCCUUGAAUAGAUAAAUUUUUGGGUAGCAAUUUUUAUUGUAAUUUUUAGAUGUAAAUCAUCUAUCGAAAUAUUAUGCUCUGCAGAGCAUGUAUCUUCAAGUCUUAAUAAGUCGCCUGCUUUGUUUUUGUAGGUUGUUAAUUGUCAUAAAAAUAAUGGUUCUCGACAAGCCAUUGUAUAGUAUGAAUUCUGAUGGAACUUGUGCUGUCUCACAUUUUCUGUAUACACAAUUUCCCAUAAUUUUGCUGUAUGUGCAGAAAGCACAACAGUAAUGGAAGAAAAGGGAAAUAAAGUGGGAAUCUUCAAUAUAUAGGCAAUAGCUUCCUUUAUGGGCCUAAUUGUCCAGUGAAGCUCAGCAUUGUUCUGCACCACAUAUACAUCCACCCAUGAAGCCUUGAAUAGAUAGAUUUUGGGAAGCAAUU